AUGCGUUACUCAACCGCCGUCGUGCUUGCCAUCCUUCCGUUCUUGACCGCUUCUCCCAUUUCUCAAGAUGCUACAACUCCCACUCCUGUAAGCUGCAAACUGCUUUUUGGUUCUUCAUUUCUCUUUAGCCCCAACAGCGUUUUUUGUGAUCUAUUCUAACCUAAACAACCACCAGAUUUUCAAAGCCCGCGCAUCAGAUCCAAGUUCUGUAAGCCUUCUGUGAUUUCCGCUCUGCUUCUAGCCUGCCUUUUGGACGCAACUCUUACAAAUCUUCAACAGAUAGUCGAGGGCCGAGAGCCACAAACGGCGGAAAACGGAGCAUUUUCGCAAGGUAGUGGACCAGAUCCAAAUGCCGUAAGACUUUUCUUAUAUUUAGUACUGUAGCACUCGUUCAAAAUCCUGGUCUCGCGUUUUUAUAGGUUGCUUUUGCCGUCCCACGGUCACCAGUAAUGGAGGGAAACGGAAGGGGUGGAUUUGCCGUAAGCCUUUUCCCUAGCACGCAACUAUAAUACUGGCCUAACCUCAAGUAUUAGAAAGGGGUCGAAGCUCGAGAACCACAAGAGGGAUCCCGUGAACCAGCUAGUAGACCAGGUCCUCCUGUAAGCACUUUCUUAUAUUCAGUAACCUAGGAAUCGUUCAAGAUCCUGGUCUAACCUCAAAUUUUAAUAGAUUAAUUGGGACGGUCACCCACAGCCAGAAAUCAGGCCGGGAAACGCAAGGGGUGCAAAUUCUGUAAGCCCUUCCCCUAGCAGUAAUUAUAACGCUGGACUAACCUCAUGAUUUUGCAGAGAGUCAAGGCCCGAGAGCCACAACAAGCGGGAAGCGGAUUUUCAUCAGGUGGUGGUAAUAGACCGGGCCCUCCUGUAAGCUCCUUCUUAUAUUCAUUACCCUAGCACUCGCUUAAGAAUCUGGUCUCACCUAACAUUUCAACAGGUUUCUCUUGGUGCUCCACGGCCACCACCAGUAAGUGGGGGAAAGGAACGAGGGGAUGAGGUCUCUGCUGUGGGUCCUUCUCCUAGCACGCAAUUAAGAUGCUGGCCUAACCUAAUGUUUUAACAGGGAUUUGGGCGGAGAGACCCACAAGGCACAUUUGCUAGACCAGUGGAUCCAAAUCCUGUAAGCUCUGUCUAAUAUUCAGUGCCCUAGCAUACGUUUAAGAUUCUGGACUCACCUAAAAUUUCAAUAGAUUUCCUUUGAUCUCCCAGAGGCACCCACAAAGGAGGGAAGCGGAUGGGGCGCAACUGUAAUCGAAGAACGAGACCCACAAUGGGUAACCACUGGACCAGCUGAGGAUUCACUUCCUGUAAGCCCUUUUUUAUAUUCAGUGCCCUAGCACGCGUUUAAGAUAUUGCCCUAACCUAAAGAUUUAACAGGCAAUUGAGCUUCCAGAGCCACCAAGAGAUCAGGGAAGCGGACCGGGUGUAACUGUAAGCCCUUCCCCUAGCACGCGGUGAACGCUAGCCUAAUCUCAAGUUUUAACAGGUAAUUGAGGGACGAGACCCACAAGCAAAUGAUGGAAACGGAGCGGAUACAAGUCCUGUAAGCCCUUUCUCAUAUUCCUUCCUCUUUCAGCCUGCGUUUGAAAUCCUAGACUAACAAAGGCUCCAUAGAGGGCUCAAGCCUGA